AUGCAAAAAAUUAUCAAUCACAAGCAACCAAACCUUUACAAAUUCUAGUCCUCAAAAAAAUAAGACUCGCUUCAAUUUGUAGUCUAAAAAUAAAAAUUAGAAUAAUAAUAAUUCAAUAAUUAUCUUAAAAACAAGAAAAUGUAUGAUCUCCAUGAUUAGUACGAAGAUCUCUCUCAGAUUUUCGCUUAAGUUCAAGUUGCUGAUAAAAGAAUAUACUCUUUGAUAAUUUAAAUACAAAGAAAACAGAAUCCUAAAGAUUGGAUGGAAUUUCUUUCAGAUAAUGAAAAUCUUAGACAUCUAGAAGAGUAGAUUUCAUAAAGAGAGGAUUCAAAACAAGAAUAAAAAGAAUAAAGGAUGAAUGUUAUGAGAAAUGAUAUCUAACUAAUUCUUAAAGUCAUUGUAAAAAUUAAAGAUCAUGAGUUUAAUAAAUAAGACUAUUCUGAUUAACGAUAUUUCGAACAGAGAAAGGAUCUAAUAAAAAUAUUAAGAGAAUAAAAGGAGAUCAUCGAAUUUCUGUAAUUCUUAGUUCACCUCACUGCUUAUGAUGAAAACUUAAUACAAUGUGGAUCAAACUCACUAAAUUUAUUGGUUAAUAUGAAAGUCGACAUUAGAAAUUAAAAUUUUGAAAACAUCAGGAUUAAGAAUACUUCUUUAUUGGGUGCUAAUUUUGUUAGAUGCAACUUAAGCGGAUCAUAACUGGAUAAUGUAGACAUAAAUGAAAUGAAUUUAAAUGGAGCUAUACUGCUUAAUUGUAGAUGGACCAACAUUAAAAAAGAGGGUGAGAUAAACAAAUUAGAUGGCCAUACUGAUAAGGUGAAAUCUGUAUGCUUCUCUCCUGAUGGAAGUAUAUUAGCAUCUGGUAGUAGGGAUGACUCAAUUCGUUUAUGGGAUGUUAAGACAGGACAAUUAAAGAACAUAUUGGAUUGCCAAAGUGGAACAGUCUAAUCACUAUGCUUCUCUCCUGAUGGUACUACUUUAGCAUCUGGUAGUUAUAGAAAAAUUUGUUUAUGGGAUGUUAAGACGGGAUAAUAAAAGAACAUAUUUUAGGGACAUUAAUGUUUGGUUUAUUUAAUAUGCUUCUCUCCUGAUAGUACUACAUUAGCAUCUUGUAGUUAUGGAACAAUUGGUUUAUGGAAUGUUAAGACAGGAAAAUUAAAGAACGUAUUGGAUUGCCAUUUUGGAACAGUCUAUUCACUAUGCUUCUCUCCUGAUGGUACUACUUUAGCAUCUGGUAGUGCUGAUAAGUCUAUCCGUUUAUGGGAUGUUAAGUAAGGAUAAUAAAAGGCCAAAUUGGAUGGUCAUAGUGAUAAAGUAAAAUCAGUAUGCUUCUCUCCUGAUGGAUUUACAUUGGCAUCUGCUAGUGCUGAUAAGUCUAUCUGUUUAUGGGAUGUUAAGACAAGGAAGAAAAAAUCCUAAUUGAAAUUUCUUAAACUGACUGUCUGUUCAGUAUGUUUCUCUCCUGAUAGUACUACAAUAGCAUCUGGCAGUUAUGAAGAAAUUGGUUUAUGGGAUGUUAAAACAGGAUAAUAAAAGGCCAUAUUGGAUGGUCAUAGUGAUAAAGUAAACUCAGUAUGCUUCUCUCCUGAUGGAUUUACAUUGGCAUCUGCUAGUGCUGAUAAGUCUAUCCGUUUAUGGGAUGUUAAGAUAGAAUAAUAAAAGACCAAAUAGGAUGGUCAUAGUGAUAAAGUAAACUCAGUAUGCUUCUCUCCUGAUGGAUUUACAUUGGCAUCUGGUAGUGCUGAUAAUUCUAUCCGUUUAUGGGAUGUUAAGACAGGAUAAUAAAAGAUCAGAUUGGACGGUCAUAUGAAUUCAGUCAACUCAGUAUGCUACUCAUCUGAUGGUUAUACAUUAGCAUCUUGUAGUAGUGAUACCUCUAUCCGUUUAUGGGAGGUUAAGACAGGAUAAUAAAAGUCCAAAUUUGAUGGUCAUAGGGAAGCAGUCAACUCGGUAUGCUUCUCCCCUGAUGGUACUACAUUAGCAUCUGGUAGUAAUGAUAACUCAAUCAGUUUAUGGAGUGUUAAGAUAGGUUAAUAAAAGGCCAGAUUGGAUGGUCAUAGUGAUAAAGUAAACUCAGUAUGCUUCUCCCCUGAUGGUACUACAUUAGUAUCUGGUAGUAAUGAUAACUCAAUUCGUUUAUGGGAUGUUGAGACAGGAUAAUAAAAGAACAUAUUUUUUUGUAAGUAUUAAGAUGUUUAUUCAGUAUGCUUCUCUCCUGAUGGUGCUACAUUAGCAUCUGGUGGUUAUGAAAAAAUUUGUUUAUGGAAUGUUAAGAAAGGAUAAUCAAAGACCAUAUUGGAUGGUCAUAGUAGAUAAGUCAACUCAGUAUGCUUCUCUCCUGAUGGAAAUACAUUAGCAUCUUGUAGUUUUAGAAAAAUUGGUUUAUGGGAUGUUAAGACAGGAUAAUAAAAUGCCAAAUUGGAGGGUCAUAGUCAUAAAGUAAAUUCAGUAUGCUUCUCUCCUGAUGGUACUAAAUUAGCAUCUUGUAGUAAUGAUAACUCAAUACGUUUAUGGGAUUUUACAACAGGAUAAUAAAAGCCUUAAUUGGAUGGUCAUACUUAUUCAGUUUUAUCAGUAUGCUUCUCUUCUGAUGGUACUUCAUUAUCAUUUGGUAGUGCAGAUAAGUCCCCCUGUUUAUGGGAUGUUAAGACAGGAUAAUAAAAGACCCAACUGGAUGGUCAUAGUAGUUCAGCCAAUUAAGUUUGCUUCUCUCCUGAUGGCACUACAUUAGCAUCUGGUAGAGCUGAUAAGUCUAUCUAUUUAUGGAAUGUUAAGACAGGAUUAUAAACAACCAAAUUAGAUGGUCAUAGUGGAACAAUCUGGUCAUUAUGCUUCUCUUCUGAAGGAACUAUAUUAGCAUCUGGUAGUACUGAUAAGUCUAUUCGUAUAUGGGAUGUUAAGACAGGAUAAUAAAAGUCAUAAUUUGAUGGUCAUAGUGGUAAUGUUUAUUCAGUAUGCUUUUCUCCUGAUAGUACCACAUUAGCAUCUGGUAGUGAGGAUAACUCAAUCCGUUUAUGGAAUGUUAAGACAGGAUAGUAAAAGGCUAAAUUUAAUGGCCAUAGCGGUUAUAUUUAUUCAGUACGUUUCUCUCCUGAUGGUACUACAUUAGCAUCCGGUAGUUGGGAUAAAUCUAUCAGUUUAUGGAAUGUUAAAACAGGAUAAUAAAAGAUCAAAUUAGAUGGUCAUAGUAGUUAAGUCAAUUCAGUUUGCUUCUCUCCUGAUGGCACUACAUUAGCAUCUGGUAGAGCUGAUAAGUCUAUCCAUUUAUGGAAUGUUAAGACAGGAUAAUAAAAGACCAAAUUGGAUGGUCAUAGGAAUUCAGUCAACUCAGUAUGCUUUUCUACUGAUGGUGCUACAUUAGCAUCAGGUAGUAGUGAUACUACAAUUCGUUUAUGGGAUGUUAAGACAGGAUAAUAAAAGACCAAAUUGGACGGUCAUAGGAAUUCAGUCAACUCAGUAUGCUUUUCUACUGAUGGUGCUACAUUAGCAUCUUGUAGUAGUGAUAACUCUAUCCGUUUAUGGGAGGUUAAGACAGGAUAAUAAAAGACCAAAUUUGAUGGUUAUCGUAGUUUCGUUCUCUCAGUAUGCUUCUCUCCUGAUGAUUCUAAAUAAGCAUCUGAUAGUAUUGAUAACUCUAUCCGUUUAUGGGAUGGAAAGUCAGGACAAGAAAUUCAAUCUUAAGAUAAAAAUUAUAAAGCUAUCUUUAAUUCUUUUAAGACUCAACAUAUCGAAAACAGUCCUCUUCCAGGUAUUAAUUGUAUCAUAUUUUAGGAUCUACCAAUCAAAAUAUUUUAUAGAUAUCCCAAUAAGCUAUUUUUUAAGCAUAGGACUCUUUUAUCUUGAAAGGUGAAUUUAUAAAUUAAUAAGGGAUCAACUUAUUGCCCCUCUUGAGACAAAAAGGUAGUUGUAUUUUGGAAAGCCAGUUAGGCUCAAAUUAAAAAUGA